UUCAUGGUACAAAAAUUGUGUGUAUAGUGAUGACAGACUGUUGAAAUUGAUAGAAAAAAAAAUUAUGUGUGAUAUAUUAUUAUAUAUAUGUAUAUAAAUAAGUGUUUUUUGGUGAACCAUUUUGCUUCAUUGGUUUAGUAAUAAAUUUAGUUAAUUACUAGACAUGGCUAAUGAAUUCAAGCAUUUGGUUUUGGUUAAGUUCAAAGAAGAUGUUGUGGUGGAAGAUAUUCUAAAAGAGUUGGAAAAACUUGUCCAAGAAAUGGAUAUUGUCAAGUCAUUUGUUUGGGGAAAAGAUGUUGAAAAUCAUGAGAUGCUUAGACAAGGUUUUACUCAUGCUAUUAUAAUGACAUUUAAUAGCAAAGAAGACUAUCAAACUUUUGCUAAUCACCCAAAUCAUGUUGGAUUUUCAGCCACUUUUGCCACUGUGAUUGACAAGGCUGUGUUGCUUGAUUUCACUGCUAUUUCAGGCAAAACUACUUAAUAGCAUCAAUUGUCAUUAAAAAAAAAAAAGAGUAUUAUGUGUGUUUCAAUGUUUUACUAUGGUUUUUUUGAUUGUUCAAGUGUGUGUUAAUUAAGUGAACAUUUCUUUUUAUCUUUGCUUCCAAAAUUGUGGAUGGUUUAAGACAUGUGUAAUGUAUCACUAUGAAAUAAAAACUUUCUUUUUUUUUGGAAUGUA